CUACCGUGUCCCAUGGAUUCUCCCUCUACACUUCUUGUCUUGUUUUCGAUUGUUUUCUGGAAAGUCCAAGAAGCCAUGAUGUGCGCGAUCCGACUUUGACGAACCCAAUGGGAAACACAAAGAGCGUGACUGCUGGUGCUCAGGACCCCGCUCAGCGCCGCCCUUCGCCACUUGAACUAGUGGAUCUCCUAUUGACCGUCCUGCCGGUGGUUUCCGAACUAUGUAAAGACUUGUCGAAUACCAUCAAUAAACGCGACAAAAGAUAUGGAUACUUGGGCAAUAUCCAGUCAGCGACAGCAACGUUGCACCAACACCUUGUGGCGCUGAGUAGAGAGGGCUGCAAUGAAAGGCUUGGUUCGCAAAUCGGAGACCUAGCAGAUCAACUGGAGCAGAUAUUUAGCCCACAUUUGAUUCCAUCCCAGGGAGGUCUUGUCUCAGCUGAUGUACACACAAACAUUCGUCAGUACCAAAGACUGACGAGGGUUAAAAAGUUAUUGGCGGAGAGUGGCGAUGAAUUGCCAUUCCCCUCUCCCAAAGAUCUACUCGAUACGAAUAUGCUAAAUAGUCCCGGUCAAUGGAGGAGGCUACAACACGAGCUCGAAUGCAUUACGGACGAAUUUCAAGGCUACGGAGACGAUGCUGAUCAUCUGGAUGAAGACACGCUCGCGCAUCCAAACCAUUCCAGCCCCGAGAUGUGGACUUUUGCGGACGAGGUUUUCAAGGCGAUGUCCUGCGACUGCCAUUCACAGUCCCUCAGCGGAAGCCGGCUCAGGAUGGGGACAUACAGAGCCGGUUCGAACCAUGUAGCAAAGUCGCUAUGCGUUUUACUUGAGCAGCUUCAGGAAAGCGAGCAAUGGGUUUUUUGGCAUGAAGUUCUCAUCCGCGAGCAUGUAGAACUGAAGCCAAGAGUGAAGUUUUCAAAUACAUCUCAAGCAGAUCCGAGCCAAGAAGCGCACGAAUUCUCCGCUUCCGGGGCUGUUUCCUGCAUUUUCGAUGUACUCCAGGAGCCGUCAACGGCAGACCUACUAAGGCUCAAUUUUAUCCUGAACCGGGGCGUUCUCCACACAUCCAGCAAUGCUGCAGAUGAGCGAACCAUCAGACAAGACAGCCUGAGGGAAGAGGUCAAUCUCAAAGACAUCCUCGCAUCGCCACAGAAAAGGUGGCCUGAGACCGCGAAAUGGGCUCUCGCCGUCAUCCUUGCUUGGAGCCUCCAUCAUUUAUAUGGAGGGUCUUGGACACGUGGCGGAUGGAGCCGAGAGAACAUCCUCUUCUUCCGGAGCGGCGGUCGCAUUCCUUUACGGCCGUUCCUUGGAAUUUCAGACACAAACAUAUUACAUAAGGAUAAGAAGUCAACCGAGAUAUCUAGUCUUCACCGAUACCCAGAGCUACUCGAGCUUGGAGUCAUUCUUCUGGAACUUCACCUGGGACAACGACUUGAGGAUUAUCUAGGACUGAACAAAGAACUAUCCGGUCCCAGGGAUUUCUUUCUUCAUGCCAUGAAGGCUUUUGCUUCCCAAAAGGAGCACAUUUUCUCCUUGAGGUAUCGAAACGCUAUCGACACGUGUCUGCGGCCAGACCCCAAAUUAAGACCCAAUCCGUCAAUGCAAGACGUUCGAUGUUUGAUGUUUCAGAAUGUGGUGAAACCACUGGAGGAAGAGCUGACCUCCAACUUUCAGGAGUGGUUUUCGGCAGGUGGCCUGGAUGACCAGGCCGAGAAAUAUGAUCUCGCUGUGGGAUUGCACAUCCCGAACCAGAGUCUGGGAGCGCAAAAGUUCACAUCAGCAGCCAUCCCAACAGAUGACAGCAUCCACCCACUUCUUCGAUCCCGAGGUCGUCGAUGACGAUAUUUUCAUGACUUAAUGAAGCCAUUAUCCAAUAAAGGACCUUGCAUAGUCCCUCACUUGUCCGGGGGAAUCCUGAUGAGAAUGUCUAUGUCCAAAGCAAU